CAGAAUGGUGACAUGGACAUCCUGAAGCACAAAUGGUGGCCAAAGAAUGGCCAGUGUGACCUGUAUUCCUCAGUGGACACAAAGCAGAAAGGAGGCGCCCUGGACAUAAAGAGCUUUGCAGGAGUUUUUUGUAUCCUGGCUGCUGGAAUUGUCCUCUCCUGCUUUAUAGCUAUGCUGGAGACGUGGUGGAACAAGAGGAAAGGCUCCCGGGUCCCAUCAAAAGAGGAUGACAAGGAAAUUGACCUGGAGCACCUCCAUAGACGUGUAAAUAGCUUGUGCACAGAUGACGACAGCCCCCAUAAACAGUUUUCCACCUCGUCAAUUGAUUUGACCCCUCUGGACAUUGACACUUUGCCAACACGACAAGCACUGGAGCAAAUCAGUGAUUUCAGGAACACUCAUAUUACCACAACAACCUUUAUCCCAGAGCAGAUCCAGACUCUUAGCCGCACACUAUCAGCUAAAGCUGCCUCUGGUUUCGCUUUUGGCAACGUGCCUGAGCACCGAACUGGCCCUUUUAGGCACAGGGCACCUAACGGGGGCUUUUUCAGGAGUCCUAUAAAAACAAUGUCAUCUAUUCCUUAUCAACCAACUCCUACCCUGGGGCUCAAUCUGGGUAAUGAUCCAGACCGAGGCACCUCCAUAUGAGCAUCAAACAGAAUCUCUUCACUGUUUCUUUUGUAGGACUCCCUUUGCAAGGAGCGACUGUAAUAUUGUGGGACUAACAUGGAUGUAACAUUAUUUUUCGAGAAAAAUCAGGAUUAUUAGUAACAAUUAUAGUUCUUUCUCGCCACCUUCUCCCUCUUCUCUCUCUUCUAUUUCUUUCUCCUUUGUCCUCUCUUUCUGUACAUUUCCCUCCACUUUUUUUCAUUACUCAACUUGUUCCCCCAGAAUAUAGUAUACUAGGAUCCUAUUAGUCCGCUUUUCAUAUACUGUACUUCAAGUAUAGGAAAUGUGCACUGAGUAUACUAAAAGCAUAUGCAGGAUUAAUUUCACAUAAAGGCCUCUUACGUAACAUUUCUCUAUUUUUAAAAAUAUAAUUGCAAUAACUUCAGUCUUUUUACAUUCUUCUGCUGCAUCCAUACAAUGCUCCACUGCUGUUGAGUGUCCUUUAACUGUGGACCAAAGGCAACCCCUGCAGUGUUUAUAAAAUAACUUAAAGACCAUUCAGGCCACAUAAUAUGAGAAUGCAAUUUUGUAGGAUUACAAAAAAAGCCAUUAAUAUGCCAGUCAAGACUACAGUUAAAACUACUCUUGCACUGCAACAGUGCAUAUGACCUUUAUGUGAUUGUACAGUAUUACAAGUUUUUUCUUAUGUACAGUACACUUUAUCAUAUGGCAGAAGCCUCUAUUGUGUUAAAUAAAUUAGUAUCUCAUAUAUAUAUACAUAUAUAUGCACCUAUAUAAUGUGUAUAUAUAUUAAAGGGCGGCCAUUGCUAUUGCAAUUCAUUUAAUAAAGCUUUAGUUUGAAAAAAAAACAGUAUUGUAUACAGGAACUAUGUAUAGUGCAGGGGG